AUGUCACCCAAUUAUUCUUUCGACGCGAGUGAAUUAAUCAGAGAUGGAAAAAUUCAAGCAGAAACGUUAAACCAACUCAAAGAUUGGUGCGACAGCCAAAAAUUACCCAAUUUGAGUGAACACCAACAAAUUUUAAUUUUGUCGUGUGCUAAUUCUUUGAAAGAUGCACAAAACAUUAUUGGGAAGUACUUCAAGUACAAAAGUGAAGCUCCUGAGAUUUUUUCCGAUUUGAACUUGCAAGCGGAAGAUUUACAACAGGCUAUAAACAUCUAUGAUAUUUCUGUGACGCCCCAGAGAACUGCAGACAAUGUCGUCAUCGCUUGUGGAAAAUUAAAAGACACGUCCUAUUCGAAUUUUAACUUAGGGCCCCUUUUCAAGCUGACUCUAAUGGCUUCAGAGUUGUAUUUGUACGAAGGUCCCGUAGAAGGGCUAGUGCUGAUAAUUGACAUGGAAGGUUUCGGUUUUUUGCAUCUAACAAAGAUUAGAUUGGGCAUUUUGCAAAAAUUUUUCCAGUUUAUUCAAGAAGCAAUGCUUUCCAAAAUCAAGGCGGUUCACGUUGUGAAUACAGAGAGCCUCAUUGAUAAAAUUCUUCUCAUUGUAAGACCAUUUAUUAAAAGAGAAAUUUUUGAAGUGAUUCACUUUUAUCGUCGUGAUGAAGUGCACGAGAUUUUUAAAAAGGUUCCAAGGACGUAUGUACCAGCUGAUUAUGGUGGUAGUUUACCAGCCCAGAAUAUUUUGGCAGCAAAUACUUAUCGAAAAAUGGUACAAUUGCAGUCUUUUUAUGCCGAAUUAGAAGAGCAGGUGAAGAUUUAUAAUAAAUUAAAAGAGUAA